AUGCUGGUGGAUCUGAACGCGUUCGCGGACGAGCAUUUCGACCCCAAGGCGUGGGUCAACGAUGCGUGCGCCGCGCUCCCGCCGGAGGAACCUCCGGAGAAGUUUCUCGCGGACAUUGAAAUGAAGCUGCAGCUCUUAUCGGAGGACAUGGGCGGCGCGUUGGAGGAGCAGAGCGCGGGCGCGCUGCUGAGAGUGCCGCGCGCCGUGAGGGAGACGAAGCGCGUGCGCGACGAUGCCGUGUCGCUCAAAGGCACUGUUGCCAGCAUCCUGCAGCGCCUGCAGCAGGUGGAGGCUACGUCAGCAGCAUCCGUGGCGGUGCUGGCGAAGGUGGAUGCAGUGAAGCAGCAGAUGGAGGCGGCGAGAGACACCCUCCAGUACGCGGCAGGCUUGGCACAGCUGAGCGCGUCAGUGGAGCAGGUGUUCGCCAGUGGCGACCUGCCACGUGUCGCCGAGACAUUGGCCAACAUGCGGCGCUGCCUGGAGGUGGUGGGCGAUGCGCCGGAGUUUGCGGCGAACAAGAGGCAGCUUCAAUCGCUGGAGGAUCGGUUGGAGCAGAUGGUGCAGCCGCGGCUGUCAGACGCGCUCACUCACAGCAAGUUGGACGCGUGUCGCUCGCUGACAGGCAUACUUGCAGCGAUUGGCCGGCAGCACACAGUGGAAGCUCUCUUCUGCCUCGUGCGCUGCCGCCCGCUCACACGCCUGUGGGAGCAGUUCGAAGUCACUGCUGUGGCACCAGGAGCUGGUCCCUUGGCAGCAGCGUUACAGUUCCCCGAGUGGUUACCGCGCUGGUAUGACGAGAUGCUACUGGCAGUGGAGCAGGAGGCGCGCUGGUGCGUGGCAGCCUUCCCCCACCACGCCUCGCCUCUGCUGCUACGUCUGCUCACGGCCACGUGGGGCGGGAUCGCCUCCAGCUUCACUGCGCGCGUCGAUGCUGCUGUGUCUGACGCUGCGCUGUCUGCUCUUGCUGCUUCUGAUGCAGCAUCCCAGACCAGACCUUCUACGCGCCUGGCCCUGCUACUCGCCCUACACGCCACCACCACCACCUUCGCGCGCAACCUCUCCCGCCUCCUCGCCUCCCUUCCUUCCUCCACCCCCCCCGAUGCCACUAAACCAUCUUCCUCUGAAAAAAGCACCCAAGGAGCCGCCGCCGCAGGAGGAGGAGCGGCAGGAGGAGAGAAAAGCAGCAAGAGCAAGGGCAGGGAGGAGGAGGGGGAUCAGGAGGGAGAGGGGCCAGUGAGUGUGGGAGCAGUGGUGUGGGCGGUGUUCCGGCCCUUGGAGCCCUUCAAGCAGCGCUACGGGGACUAUGAGCGUGCACAGCUGGCGGCGGAUCUGGGCGGCAUAGAUCUCAGACCGGGCGGCGCAGUGAAGCAAGUGGGGCAGCGUGGGCUCGUGCUGGCAGAUGCUGUGCGGCGCAUGGAGGUGAGAGGUGGUGCUGUGCGGUGCAUGUCAGUGUGCUGGAAUAAUCUCUUGGAAUCUUUUGGAGUUCUCAGCGGCCAUCCCAGCAGCUAUGGCAGCACUGGAAGCAGCAGUGGAGCGCUGUCUUGCCUUCACAGGGGGCUCAGCAGUGUUGCUCACCGCUCUCAACCACUCACUCCUCCUCUACGUCCCCUCUUUCUUACCCGCCCCACGCCCCCCUCGCCCUUCCCCCACCAGGCGGCCAUUCCAGCAGCCAUGGCAGCACUGGAAGCAGCAGUGGAGCGCUGUCUUGCCUUCACAGGGGGCUCAGAGGCAGCAGCUCUCCUCACCGCUCUUGACCACUCCAUCCUCCUCUUCCUCUCCCGCCUCUCCUCCUGCCUCCAAUCCCUCCCCCCCAUCUGCGGCCUCUCCCCUCCCGCCCCUCCCACCCCUCCUUCCUCCGCCACUCCCUCCGCCCCAACCCGAGCCUCCGGUCCAGGCUCGGACCGAACCAAUCCAGUCUCAGACGAUCCGUUAGCUAGUCUACCAGACCCGGCGGGGUACGGGGGAGGUGGAGCAGGGGGGGUGGAGGAGGAGGAGGAGUGGGCAGUGGUGCAGGGAGCGCUGCAACUGCUGAUGGUGGCAGAGAGUGUGGCAGUGCGCGUGGCAGUGUUUGAAGCCUCCCUCCGCAGCGCCCUCACCCAGCUCUCCCCCCGCCUGGGGCUGGAUGCUGGGGGGGAUGGCGCAGGGGAAGGGGGAGGGGAAUCCGCGGGAGGGGAGGUGAAGCGGGUGGGGUCGGUGGGUGGCGCAGGGGGAGGGGGAGGCGCAGGGGGAGGGGGAGGCGCAGGGGGAGGCGGAGUGGGAGCUGGAGGGGGAGCAGAGGGGAGUGAGGUGGAUGUGGCUGUGCUGCGACUGGCGGAGUAUCCCGACAAGGCUCAGCGCCUCGCCAGGCUGCUGGACGAGUUGAGGGACCCGCGCAUCCACGCGCUCCCGCGCACGGCGCAGCGAGUGAGAAGCUUCCAGGAAGCGGUGUCAUCAUUGGUGUACGACGUGCUCAUUGCCAAGGUGCGGCGGCAGCUGGCGGGGGUAUCCACGAUGCCGGACUGGGCAUUGGGCGAGGAGGAGAAUGUGUUUGACCUACCGGCCUUCAACGCGUACGCUCUACCAUACAUCACAGCCGUGGGAGAAUACCUCCUCACUCUCCCCCAGCAACUCGAGCCUCUCGCCGUCGCUGCCUCUGAAGCUGCCCCGAGCCUGCUCCUGCAAGCCUCGGCAAGCGGCGCGUCGGCGGGCGGGGAAUCCGCGACGCCGACCGCAGCAGGGGAGGAGGACGCAGGAGCAUAUUUCGUCCGUGAGUGGAUGACAAAGGUUGCGGACGGCGCGACGUCGCUAUUCGUGGAGCAAAUUCGGGCAAUUCCCGAGGUGUCGGACCGGGGGGCACAGCAGUUAGCAGCAGACAUAGAGUAUCUAUGCAGUGUACUGUCGGUGCUUUAUGUGGCUGCAUCGCCUGCUAUCGCGACCUUCCAAGCGUGCUUUGCCACGCCCAAGGCAAGCCUGGCGGAGUUUAUCGCACAUGAGAGUGGUGCUGGAGGGUCGCUGGAUGCCACCGCUGCCCGCCUGGUUGCCAAGAUGAGGCGGCAACGUAACUUGCGGAUACUUGUACCAUCCUUCUCGCUGCACCGCUUUCCUCCCUCACCGCUCUUUGCAUCGCGUGCCAUCAUCUGCCAUACCUCCGUCAUGGCGGCUACAGCAUCGCGGGGCUCGUCCCCUUUCUCCCGUUUCGGCGACUCGCAGUCAUUCAACUUCGACGCGCUGAAGAACUUCUCCGCGCUCACCCCCUCGAUACAGUCACAUCUGCAGAAGGUCUACCUGACGCUCUCGCUGACGCUGGUCGUCGCGUCGCUAGGCGCGUACGCGCACGUGCUGUGGGGGCUCGGCGGCGCGCUCUCGUCGAUAGCGUCCAUCGCGGGCGUGCUUUGGCUCAACGCCACUCCCGCCGUUCCCGCUAACGAGUCGUUUCGCUUUCGCCUGCUUCUCGCCAUCGCCUUCUCGCACGGCUGCUCCAUCGGCCCGCUCGUCGAUGCUGUUAUUCAAAUCAACCCCGGUCUGCUAGUCACAGCGUUCGUCGCAACAGCAGCCAUCUUCCUGUGCUUCUCAGGAGCAGCACUGCUGGCUAAGCGCAGGGAGUACCUCUACCUGGGAGGAUUCCUUGCCUCUGCCGUCUCCACCAUGCUCGCCCUGCGCCUUGCUUCCAUCUUCUUUGGCGGCUCUAACGCUGUCUUUCAGAUCGAGCUGUAUGGAGGCCUCCUGGUCUUCUCAGGCUACAUCAUCUACGACACGCAGGUGCUGCUGGAGAGGGCGAGGCAGGGCCAGUGCGACCACGUUGUGGACGCUCUCGAGCUGCUGCUCGACUUUGUCGCUGUCUUCGUGCGCAUCCUCUUCAUUCUGACAAGGAAGGAGGAGAGGGAGGAGGAGCAGCGGGCAUCAUCCAAGCGCAGAACUGCUGCCAGCACCUCUCGCCGUUAA